AUGAGGUGUCCGUUUCAAAGUCGUCUUCUUCUUCAUCUUCAAUUUCCUUCUGUGGUCGUCUUUCUCUGGUAUUGUGCCGUACUCAUCAUCUUUCAACAAAGCACUUCUUCUUCUUCUGCUGUUGUGAGUCUACCAAACAAUGAAACAAUCCCAGCGGUAAUUGUGUUUGGAGACUCCAUUGUUGAUGCUGGUAACAAUAACUUCAUAACCACUUUGGUUAAGUGCAAUUUCUUACCUUAUGGCAAAGAUUUUGGUACCGGAGAUCUUCCUACAGGGAGGUUUAGCAAUGGUUUGGUGCCAUCAGAUAUCAUUGCUGCAAAAUUUGGGGUGAAGCAACUUUUGCCACCAUAUCUUGAUCCUAAUCUGAAACUAGAUGAUCUUCUCACUGGUGUGAGCUUUGCUUCUGGUGGUGCUGGAUAUGAUCCUCUCACUGCAGAACUAGUGUCGGUGAUACCAUUAUCAGGUCAACUGGACAUGUUCAGAGAGUACAAGAAGAAGAUAAAAGAAGGAGUUGGAGAAAGCAAAGCAGGAAGCAUUGUAUCAAAGAGCAUAUACAUAGUGUGUAUAGGAAGUGAUGACAUUGCCAAUACUUAUACUCAAUAUGGCAUCAGGAGAGCUCAGUAUGAUAUUUCAUCAUACACUGACUUCAUGGCUGCCCAAGCCUCAAGCUUCUUCCAAGAACUUUAUGGAUUAGGAGCAAGAAGGAUUGGGGUGUUCAACUUACCCGUUUUAGGGUGUGUGCCCUCACAGAGAACAAUAGGAGGAGGCCUAGAGAGAGAUUGCUCAGACUUUGAGAACCAAGCAGCUGUCCUAUUUAACUCUAAACUCUCCUCUCAGAUUGAUAUGCUUAACAAAAACUUGCCAGACGCCAGGCUUGUUUACUUGGAUUGCUAUACCUCACUUCUUCAUAUGCUUCAACAUCCAGCUCAAUAUGGAUUUGAAGUAACAGAGAAAGGAUGCUGUGGUAGUGGAGACAUAGAGGUGAGCAUUACGUGCAACCCUUACACUCUAGAGUUAUGUUCAAAUGACUCAGCCUACAUUUUCUGGGACAGCUACCAUCCAACACAGAAGGCCUAUUCCAUCCUUGCUUCCCUUGUGCUUGACCCCAAAAUCAAGGAUUUCUUCUAA